AUUUCCAUAAAUAAAAAUCAACUAACCGCUCCCCAAACCAGCCUCCUUUCUCUAUAUAUACACGAAUCAAAUCCAGCCAUCUUACUGGUUUUCCUGCUUCUACAAACAGUGUUGAGUGAUUGAAUCGAUAGAAAAGAGGAAGAAAAGAAAUGGGUAGCUCAGGAUUUUCAUGGAAAUUGAACGAUCACCCGAAGCUUCCCAAAGGGAAGGUUAUUGCAAUGGUGGUUUUGGAUGGAUGGGGUGAAGCCAAUCCCAAUCAAUACAAUUGUAUCCAUGUUGCCGAAACUCCUGUCAUGGAUUCCCUCAAGAAUGGUGCUCCUGAGAAGUGGAGAUUGGUGAAGGCUCACGGGAAAGCUGUGGGGCUGCCCACGGAUGAUGAUAUGGGGAAUAGCGAGGUUGGUCAUAACGCCCUUGGUGCUGGCAGGAUCUAUGCUCAAGGAGCAAAACUUGUUGAUUUAGCUCUUGAGUCUGGAAAGAUAUAUGAUGAUGAAGGUAUCAAAUAUAUCAAGGAAUCUUUUGAAACUGGAACAUUACACCUCAUAGGGCUGUUGAGUGAUGGUGGUGUCCACUCUAGGCUUGAUCAGUUACAGCUUCUGCUUAAAGGUGCCAGUGAGCGUGGUGCCAAAAGAAUUCGGGUCCAUGCUCUUACUGAUGGACGUGAUGUAUUGGAUGGUACAAGUGUAGGCUUUAUGGAAACUCUUGAGAAUGAUCUUGCUAAAUUGCGAGAGAAAGGUAUUGAUGCACAGAUUGCAUCUGGUGGCGGACGAAUGUAUGUCACAAUGGAUCGUUAUGAGAAUGAUUGGGAUGUUGUUAAACGAGGUUGGGAUGCCCAAGUUCUUGGUGAAGCUCCACAUAAGUUUACAAAUGCUGUUGAGGCUGUCAAGAAGCUAAGGGAGGAACCCAAGGCCAAUGACCAGUACUUACCUCCAUUUGUUAUUGUUGAUGAGAAUGGAAAGUCUGUUGGUCCAAUUUUGGAUGGUGAUGCUGUUGUCACUCUCAACUUCCGCGCAGAUCGCAUGGUUAUGUUAGCCAAGGCCCUCGAGUAUGAAGACUUUGAUAAAUUUGACAGAGUUCGAUUCCCUAAAAUUCGUUAUGCUGGAAUGCUUCAGUAUGAUGGUGAACUGAAGCUUCCCAGUCACUACCUGGUUUCUCCUCCUGAGAUUGAGAGGACAUCUGGUGAAUAUUUAGUGCAUAAUGGCGUUAGUACUUUUGCUUGCAGCGAAACUGUUAAAUUUGGACAUGUCACCUUUUUCUGGAAUGGGAAUCGGUCUGGUUAUUUUGACCCAUCAAAGGAGGAAUAUGUUGAAAUUCCUAGUGAUAGUGGAAUCACCUUCAAUGUCAAGCCAAAGAUGAAGGCUUUGGAGAUCGCAGAGAAGGCCAGAGAUGCUAUUCUCAGCGGCAAGUUCCACCAGGUACGAGUGAACCUACCAAAUAGUGACAUGGUUGGGCAUACAGGUGAUAUUGAAGCAACAGUUGUGGCUUGCAAGGCAGCAGAUGAUGCUGUAAAGAUGAUCCUUGAUGCAAUUGAGCAAGUGGGUGGAAUAUAUGUUGUAACUGCUGAUCAUGGAAAUGCCGAGGAUAUGGUGAAGAGAAACAAGAAAGGGGAACCUCUUCUGGACAAGAAUGGCAACAUUCAAAUUCUUACCUCUCACACACUGGAGCCGGUACCCAUUGCAAUUGGUGGUCCUGGAUUGGCACCAGGGGUGAAAUUCCGUCAAGAUCUCCCUGGUGCUGGCCUUGCUAAUGUUGCCGCAACUGUCAUGAACUUGCAUGGCUACGAGGCACCUAGUGACUAUGAGCCAACCCUAAUUGAGGUAGUUGACAAUUAGGCCGGGGAAUUGAUAGAAAAUUUUGGUCGAGGAUUGAAUAAUUGUUAAGAGUAGUUGCUACUGGAUAAAUAUUCAGCUUUUGUUGUAUUGAGCCUAAUUCGAUACAUAGUUUUCUUAUUGAUGACCUCAUAUAUAAUUUUACAGAGGCUCUCGUUGUCA